CGUCAUCACCCUGCGACAACGUUUUCUCCACUGACCAUGUGAGGAGGGGAACAUAGCAGGGAUGUGAAACGUUCAGAUACAGAAUUAGACGAAACUUGAAGUGUGACUGAAUGCAUCCCAGCACGUUUUGUUUGCUUGCUGUGAUACACUGAUAUGAGAGAGAUGGUGGAGAAGAUGGGAGCAAAGGGUCAGAAGCAUUUUGGUGAACAAGGGCAGAAGAAGAUGAAAAAGAAACCUGAUCGGAAUAAGGGAGGAGGAAGCAGUGGCGGCCGUGGUGAGGAAGGGGGAAAGGAGGAAGGAGUAAAGAGGAAACGCCUGGAUGCGAUGACUGUGGGAUAUUUUCGUCGUGUGAGUGAGAGACUGAGCGAAGGAUUCGCAGACGAUGAGGAGCAAGCUCUCUUUGUCGAAAACGUUCUCUCUGAGGUGAAGGGACAAGCUGGCGUCGUCACUACAGAUAUGACGGGCAGUCUGGCUCUCCAGAAGCUUCUGUCAUUAUCCAGCCCCAAACAGGUAGCAGAGGUUCUUGCCGAACUGGGCGGAGAAACGGGGUCAGAGUUUAAAACCGUGUCAUGUGACAGAUGUGGGGGUCAUGUGAUGGAAAGUUCCAUCAAGCAGAUGGCCAAGUGGACAGACGACGGCAACUCUGAAGAGAAGAGCAGCUCUGGAAAUGAACAAGAGGAACCGGAGGCUGAGAACUGUGGGAUGCUCGAGGAUCAGGUGCUCACUCUUUGCCGAGUGGUGAGAGAGAAUAUCGUAGACUUCAUCAAAGACCCUCACGGAUCUCACGUGCUUCGAACGCUUAUACACGUGCUUGCGGGAUGUUCGGCGAAAGAGCAGACUGAUACACGUCCAGCAAAAAAGCAGAAGAAAGCAGAACCUGAGCUGACAGAUUAUGAAGCACCAACGUCAUUCUGGUGGGAGCUCAAGUACCUUUCAGAGUCUCUGAUAGAAAAUGUUAAUGUCUGUGCCACCAAUCCCACUGCCAGCGCCGUGCUUCAGACCCUACUGACCAUCUGCCACAGGAAGAGACCCAUUCUAUGCAAAAAACUAAACAAGGGCAUCAUAGGAUACCUCACAUCUCAGAGCUCAGCUCUUGGAGUCAGCCCCCUUUUGGUGUUUCUGAAGGAUCAGACAUGCAGUCGGCUCAUCCAGACAGUGUUUCAGUUCUCCCAUAAUGCUUUGCUUCGAGACACUUACAAGAACCACCUGAAGAACCAGCUCGUGCCUCUGGCGCUUCAUCCGUUUGCAAACUACACCAUCCAGUCCUUGAUAGCAGCCUCGGUCAAUUACAAAGUGUUUCUGAAGGUGUAUGAUGAGCUGGCGCCUGGGUUCGAGGCGAUCCUGGCGUCGGGGCACAUGGGGGUCAUAGUGCAGGUGGUGGAGAGCUGCGUACACCGAGAGGAGAGGCAGGCUGACAUGCUGCAGCACCUCCUAGAGGCUUUUCACUGCAGCGAGCCCUCCACACGCCACCUCUCCUGUCUCCCUCUCUUCCUGUCCUUACUGACGUACGAUGUGUACUACAACACAGAGGCAGCAGAGGGCGACGCUGUUCCUCAGCGCCCCCUUUCGAUCAACUACCACGGCUCGCGCCUGGUCCAAGCGCUGGCCCGCUUUAAAGACCGCUCCAUCCUGAUGAACAGCCUGCACAGCCUGACCGCAGCCGAGAUGCUGAGCCUGGGCACGGAGCAGACGGGCAGCCAUGCCCUCCAGGCCCUCAUCACGCUCUCCAGCGACAAAGGGAAAGGAAAGAUCCUGAGGAAGCUUGAGGGACUCUAUACUCAGCUGGCCUGCUCCAAAUACGGCAGUCGUCUGUUGGAGGCCGUGUGGAGCAGCGCCACCAUCAGUCAGAGGCAGAGCAUUGCAGAGCAGCUGGUCCCCAGUGAGUCUCAGCUGCGCUCGGAUCAGUUUGCACGCCACGUCUGGGCAAAAUUCGGCCUCGCACACUUCCAGAAGAGACGCGGUGCCUGGAUGGAGCUUCAGACGGGAGAAUCAAAGAAGAGAAAGAUGUUCAGUGACAUUCUGGAAUAACUGCUUUGAACUGGUACUUUUUUUUUUUGCAGGGCUUAAACGAGUGUUAAAUCACCUCCUGUGGACUGAAAUCCUACACCAUUAACACGGUUCCUACAGAGUUACAGUUAAUCCUCUGUUAUUUGUUUUGGUCAUAAGUUAACGCUUGAGAUUUUUUCUAUGUAGGUGACGUGUACAAAUAAAAUUGUGCAUUUUUCCAUUCUGUGCAGUUGCCCUGUCUAAAAUGUCGCGAUACAUGAAGAAUUUUCACGAAAAUGUUUAGCGUCACGAUAGUGCCAUAUUGAAAAAAAAAUCUGAAAUGAAAAAAAUACAUAAAGGAUAGAUUUGAUCAUUUAAUAAGCGAUUAGAUAAGUGUAUUGAAGCCUGAUUAAUGAUGGUAUUUCUAUUCUAUUGUUGCAUUAUAAUUAUUUCAUGAGGCCUUCAGCAGAAAUAAAUGUUUUGUAUGUAAAUAAUAAAUACAGUUGUGAGA